AUGACCCCCUGCCUGAACCGCAAACCCUCAGUCGGCAGAGAUCGGAACCAGCUUUGCCGUCGCAAUCAACUACAACCAACCUGUCGGUCCAGCAUCCUGGCCGGUGAGCCCGGCGAGUCUCCAAAGGCAACUGCACGACCAAGGAAGUUGCGAACUCUCGGGGGAUUGUAAGUACCUACCCUAUCUCCCUCCUCCUUCCAAAAAAGUUUGUGAAUCUAUACUAACUGCCCCCAUAGACGAUCUCUCAGGACAUUUGGAGUGAAGUCUGAUCCAGAUGUCCCUCCAGACGCCUGGUCCCUGGCGCAUCCAUCCGACACUCUCGAUGCAGUCUCCAGGUUGACAAACUCACAAUCCAUCAAUCUCCGUCGGCUUGGAGGCUCGCAUGUGAAGAGAGAGAUAGUUCAUCUCAAUGUUGACUAUCUCUCACUUCACAUGCGGUGUUACCAUCUACUGCGCAGUGGGACUCCACAGUAUUACACUCCGAUGACCAUGCCGGUCGAGAUCCAAGAUCCGAGACCCAGAGAUGCCACGGGCGACAGUCCAAAGUAUGUGGAUAGGUGGAAGAAGGUAAGUCGUAAUCGUUUGUCUGCCAGAUUGUAGCAAUGCUAACGACCCUUCCUAGGCUAUCGCGACGGCGACUCGUGUCAACAUCGCAUGGGAAGCAAUCUGUGAAGGUGCAGGAAGCGUACACAUAUGUAUCUCAACCACACAAGCAAGAAAAUAG